AUGGAGACAUGUCACAUGCCGUGGAAGUCAAAAACAGCAUCCUCUUGCAACGGGGGCCUCCUUGGAGAUUUUAAGGUCGGACCGGACACAGACCAGAAACAGCUUCGCCGCCCUGGAUCCAAAGGUUCCGGUGCCUUCUUCCCUGGGGGCUUCCAAUUCAAGAUCGGAUCCGGAGGUACCCGCGCCUUUGUCCUCUGUUCUGUCUCCCUCUCUGGUGGCUUCUACUUCGGGUUCAGAUCCUCAGAGCUCCCACCCUCAUCAGACGUGAGGCUGUCUGAGAUUCUGGCCCAUUCAUCAUCCACAUUGGACACUACAGCUGGCUCGUGUCCACCAGGCCCCACCGACCUUCGGUCCUCGAGGGGUUUGCUAAACCACUCGAGGCAAAAGAACGGCCGGACCUCCUCAGCCAUUGCACCAGCUGUCGUCAUCGGUAGUUCUAUGGUAAGAAACAUCUUCCUGGAGAACGAGUACAGGACAUUAUAAGGCUGCUACCAACCGUUCUACGACAGAUGCCAGGAGCUGACGCUGUCGUAGUCCAUGUGAGGUCAAACGACAUUAGGAGGGCUAGCUCGGAACUUAUGAAAAUUGAUUUUAAAGAACUGAUUCUAGAACUGAAAGAUUCCAGAAAGCGGCCAAUUAUUUCAGGUCCUGUACCAUCAUUGGGCCGCGGGUGUGAAAGAUUCAGCAGGCUACUGGCAUUACACACCUGGCUAAAAGAUUACUGUAGCUCUGUUGGAAUCACUUUUAUAGAUAACUUAGACACCUGGAAACAGAAGAUGCUCUACAGGAAUGACGGAGUCCAGGCAAAUCAUCUUGGCUCCUGGACUCUAUCCACGCAUUUCAAGGCUGUGUUGAGACAAUGACUUAUCAAUGACCCAAGACCAGCUCAGUUAAUCCCUACCAUUGUGUCGCUGAGUUGUCAUAAUGCUGCAGCAAAUGUACAUUAUCCCAGGGGCGUUGGCAGACCCAAUGUAGGUAACUUAACUUAUGUCCCUCUAACUGUCCUGAAUGCCUCUGUUGAUCCUACAGCUAUUGUAUGCAGUAAUCAUGUGCCUAUGAACCAGAGUUAUACUGUUAGCACUGAGGCGGUGUGCCCUAGUAGGAAUUCCACUGUGUGCAGCUCACCGUGCAGUAUCAGCUCAAACAUAAAUAACAUGAGCAUGUCUACUUCUGACAAGCUGCCCAGUAAAGCAAUAAAAACAAUCAGGCUGUCGUGACUUGCAUUAAUGUGAUGACUGUUAUUUAUCGAAUCAACUAACUGUUUAAUUGUCACUCGAUUAAAUUAAUCAUGUAAUGAACUCAUUAGGAAUUUGGGGCACCACGGAAUAAGUUGUUUAACUAAUUACUAUCUCCUGAAUUAAGCUCUUAGAAGAUAUAUAUAUAUAUAUACAGUGGGAAGAACAAGUAUUUGAUACACUGCCGAUUUUGCAGGUUUUCCUACUUACAAAGCAUGUAGAGGUCUGUAAUUUUAUCAUAUGUACACUUCAACUGUGAGAGACGGAAUCUAAAACAAAAAUCCAGAAAAUCACAUUGUAUGAUUUUUAAGUAAUAAUUUGCAUUUUAUUGCAUGACAUAAGUAUUUCAUACAUCAGAAAAGCAGAACUUAAUAUUUGGUACAGAAACCUUUGUUUGCAAUUACAGAGAUCAUAUGUUUCCUGUAGGUCUUGACCAGGUUUGCACACACUGCAGCAGGGAUUUUGGCCCACUCCUCCAUACAGACCUCCAGAUCCUUCAGGUUUCGGGGCUGUCACUGGGCAAUACGGACUUUCAGCUCCCUCCAAAGAUUUUCUAUUGGGUUCAGGUCUGGAAACUGGCUAGGCCACUCCAGGACCUUGAGAUGCUUCUACGGAGCCACUCCUUAGUUGCCCUGGCUGUGUGUUUCGGGUCGUUGUCAUGCUGGAAGACCCAGCCACGACCCAUCUUCAAUGCUCUUACUGAGGGAAGGAGGUUGUUGGCCAAGAUCUCGCGAUACAUGGCCCCAUCCAUCCUCCCCUCAAUACGGUGCAGUCGUCCUGUCCCCUUUGCAGAAAAGCAUCCCCAAAGAAUGAUGUUUCCACCUCCAUGCUUCACGGUUGGGAUGGUGUUCUUGGGAUUGUACUCAUCCUUCUUCUUCCUCCAAACACGGCGAGUGGAGUUUAGACCAAAAGGCUCUAUUUUUGUCUCAUCAGACCACAUGACCUUCUCCCAUUCCUCCUCUGGAUCAUCCAGAUGGUCAUUGGCAAACUUCAGACGGGCCUGGACAUGCACUGGCUUGAGCAGGGGGACCUUGCGUGCGCUGCAGGAUUUUAAUCCAUGACGGCAUAGUGUGUUACUAAUGGUUUUCUUUGAGACUGUGGUCCCAGCUCUCUUCAGGUCAUUGACCAGGUCCUGCCGUGUAGUUCUGGGCUGAUCCCUCACCUUCCUCAUGAUCAUUGAUGCCCCACGAGGUGAGAUCUUGCAUGGAGCCCCAGACCGAGGGUGAUUGACAGUCAUCUUGAACUUCUUCCAUUUUCUAAUAAUUGCGCCAACAGUUGUUGCCUUCUCACCAAGCUGCUUGCCUAUUGUCCUGUAGCCCAUCCCAGCCUUGUGCAGGUCUACAAUUUUAUCCCUGAUGUCCUUACACAGCUCUCUGGUCUUGGCCAUUGUGGAGAGGUUGGAGUCUGUUUGAUUGAGUGUGUGGACAGGUGUCUUUUAUACAGGUAAUGAGUUCAAACAGGUGCAGUUAAUACAGGUAAUGAGUGGAGAACAGGAGGGCUUCUUAAAGAAAAACUAACAGGUCUGUGAGAGCCGGAAUUCUUACUGGUUGGUAGGUGAUCAAAUACUUAUGUCAUGCAAUAAAAUGCAAAUUAAUUACUUAAAAAUCAUACAAUGUGAUUUUCUGGAUUUUUGUUUUAGAUUCCGUCUCUCACAGUUGAAGUGUACCUAUGAUAAAAAUUACAGACUUCUACAUGCUUUGUAAGUAGGAAAACCUGCAAAAUCGGCAGUGUAUCAAAUACUUGUUCUCCCCACUGUAGAUACAUUAAACACUGAACCGUUUAUUUUAUACUGUUUUUCACACUGUGUAUUCAUAUCAUGUAUUCUUCACAUAGCUCAUUCUAAUACAGUUGAAGUCGGAAGUUUACAUACACUUAGGUUGGAGUCAUUAAAACUUGUUUUUCAACCACUCCACAAAUGUCUUGUUAACAAACUAUAGUUUUGGCAAGUCGGUUAGUACAUCUACUUUGUGCAUGACACAAGUCAUUUUUCCAACAAUUGUUUACAGACAGAUUAUUUCACUUAUAAUUCACUGUAUCACAAUUCCAGUGGGUCAGAAGUUUACAUACACUAAGUUGACGGUGCCUUUAAACAACUUGGAAAAUUCCAGAAAAUGAUGUCAUGGCUUUAGAAGCUUCUGAUAGGCUAAUUGACAUCAUUUGAGUCAAUUGGAGGUGUACCUGUGGAUGUAUUUCAAGGCCUACCUUUGCUUGACAUCAUGGGAAAAUCAAAAGAAAUCAGCCAAGACCUGGGGGAAAAAAUGUAGACCUCCACAAGUCUGGUUCAUCCUUGGGAGCAAUUUCGCCUGAAGGUACCACGUUCAUCUAUACAAACAAUAGUACGCAAGUAUAAACACCAUGGGACCACGCAGCCGCCAUACUGCUCAGGAAGGAGACGUGUUGUGUCUCCUAGAGAUGAACGUACUUUGGUGCGAAAAGUGCAAAUCAAUCCCAUAACAACAGCAAAGGACCUUGUGAAGAUGCUGGAAGAAAAUAGGUACAAAAUUGUCUAUUUCCACAGUAAAACGAGUCCUAUAUCGACAUAACUACGGUUUGCAACUGCACAUGGGGACAAAGAUCGUUCUUUUUGGAGAAAUGUCCUCUGGUCUGAUGAAACAAACAUAGAACUGUUUGGCCAUCGUUUGACCAUCGUUAUGUUUGGAGGAAAAAGAGGGAUGCUUGCAAGCCGAAGAACACCAUCCCAACCGUGAAGCACGGGGUGGCAGCAUCAUGCUGUGGGGGUGCUUUGCUGCAGGAGGGACUGGUGCACUUCACAAAAUAGAUGGCAUCAUUAGGAAGGAAAAUUAUGUGGAUAUAUUGAAGCAACAUCUCAAGACAUCAGUCAGGAAGUUAAAACUUGGUCGCAAAUGGGUCUUCCAAAUGGACAAUGACCACAAGCAUACUUCCAAAGUUGUGGGGAAAUGGCUUAAGGACAACAAAGUCAAGAUAUUGGAGUGGCCAUCACAAAGCCCUGACCUCAAUCCUAUAGAACAUUUGUGGGCAGAACUGAAAAAGCGUGUGCGAGCAAGGAGGCCUACAAACCUAACUCAGUUACACCAGCCUGUAAGAGUAAAGUUACGCUCUGUCAGGAGGAAUGGGCCAAAAUUCACCCAACUUAUUGUGGGAAGCUUGUGGAAGGCUACCCGAAACGUUUGACCCAAGUUAAACAAUUUAAAGGCAAUAUUACCAAAUACUAAUUGAGUGUAUGUAAACUUCUGACCCACUGGGAAUGUGAUGAAAGAAAUAAAAGCUGAAAUAAAUAAUUCUCUCUACUAUUAUUCUGACAUUUCACAUUCUUCAAAUAAAGUGGUGAUCCUAACUGACCUAAGACAGAGAAUUUUUACUAGGAUUAAAUGUCAGGAAUUGUGAAAAACUGACUUUAAAUGUAUUUGGCUAAGGUGUACAUAAACUUCAGACUUCAACUGUAUAUCUACUACUGUACAUUGCAUUUUGUUACACUAUUUAUACACUGGACUCUCAUAGUUCACUGUAAUUCAGUGCCUUUGGAAAGUAUUCAAACCCCUUGGCUUUUUCCACAUUUUUUCCCCUCAUCAAUCUACACACAAUACCCCAUAAUGACAAAGCAAAAGCAGGUUUUUACAAAUUUUUGCUAAUAAUAAUUUAAAAAAAACUGAAAUAUCACAUUUACAUAAGUAUUCAGACCCUUUACUCAGUACUUUGUUGAAGCACCUUCGGCAGCAAUUACAGCCUUGAGUCUUCUUGGCACACCUGUAUUUGGGGAGUUUCUCCCAUUCUUCUCUGCAGAUCCUUUCAAGCUCUGUCAGGUUGGAUGUGGAGCGUUGCUGCACAGCUGUUUUCACGUCUCUGACAUGAACUGUCAACUGUGGGACCUUAUAUAGACAGGUGUAUGCCUUUCCAAAUCAUGUCGAAUCAAUUGAAUUUACCACAUGUGGACUCCAAUCAAGUUUUAGAAACAUCUCAAGGAUUAUCAAUGGAAACAGGAUGCACCUGAGCUCAAUUGAGUCUCAUAGCAAAGGGUGUGAAUUUGCAAACAUUUCUACAAAUCUGUUUUUGCUUUGUAAUUAUGGGGUAUUGUGUGUAGACUGCUGAGGAUUUUAUUUUUAUUUUUAUCAAUUUUAGAAUAAGGCUGCAACAUAACAAAAUGUGGAAAAAGUCAAGGGGUCUGAAUACUUUCCGAAGGCACUGUGUAUCAUUCUUUGUAUAUAUUUUUGGUGUAUAUUCGCAUAGAUUGCAUUUGGGUUGUUAACUGGAUUCGUUCUGACAUUCGUGAUUUCUUGUUUCUAGUUUAUUAUUAUUUUUUGUGUACUUUUGACAUUUUAGGAACUAGUAACACAAGCAUUUCAUUGCACCCGCUAUAACAUCUGCUAAACUGUGUACGCAAUCUCUAAACUUUGAUUUGUGUAUCAAGCUGCGAUCCUAAGUCUGUCACUUCAUAUGACCUGCAGUCACCACGGAAAGGAAUGUGAAGAGAGAAAGCUGUCACAUUACUGCUGCACCAAGAUAUUUUGGGGAACACAGUUUCACAUAACAACUGUCCCCAACACGGCAUCAUACAUGAGUCUGCCUUGAGGGCAAACAUUGUCCUCACAGACAUUUCACACUCGCAGCACAAAUCUCCCAUCAGGAUUUCUAUUGGGAAACGACAGUAAACUACACAGCACAACACUGCCACCAAGUGAUCAAAAUAUGAACACACAUAAAAAAUAAAUUACCAAAAACUGGUUAGAGUACAUUACUUCCUGUCAUGUUUUUUUAAUUAACAAUUCAACCUUAAUUUUAAAGACAAGACAUAAAAUGUAUACAUAGCCCAUGUACAUCUCAUUUGUUUGUGCUAUCAUGAGCAAUAACAUCAACUCCAUGUACACCGUUAGUAUUUACAUAGGAUGCGUCCCACAUUGCACCCUAUUCCCUAUAUAGUGCACUACUUUUAACCAGGGCCCAUAGGCCUCUGGUCAAAAGUAGUGCACUAUUAGGGUAUAGGGUGCCAUUUGGAAUAAACUAUAGUAAUUUUUAUUUUCUUCAAAAAUGAACAUGUUUACUUGUUAGGCACAUUUGUAUAAUAAUCCUCUCAUAAAGAUGCUGGGUGCAGAUACAGACAUAAAGAGUACAUGGUGAAAUGUGUUGUCUCAUGGUUAGAAAUCAUCAUCCUACAAACAAAACUAUGAAGUUGAUGUGUUAUGAUGAUAACAAAAUCAUGUUAUAAUACAACACAAAAGAACAAAAAUACUUCAUAGUAUUGUGUGCAUUUUAAAUUUGUGGGCAAUAGCAUUCUAAAACUGUUCCAAAAAUAUAUCGGUCCUGGAGAUAUGUACUGUAACCAUUCCAAGAUACUUUUACGUAACAUAUACAUUACAAUGCAAUAGUCUUCAUCAUAGAAUUCAUUAUACUAAUAUACUGUACAUCAUUCAUUUUACUCUUACAGGCUGUGUACAAUACAACACCGGAAGAAAUUCAACAACAGUCACUCUGACUGAAAGUAGGGGAGAGCGGGGUAAGUUGAGAAUUUCUUUACAUUCCGCAUCACUCAGUCAAGGAAAAUAUACAGUAGUAUUCUUUCUAACAAAGAUAUCUACAUAAAUUUAAGGAAUGUUGUGUAUCCCUGGAAAUAAUCAGAAUUCAUGUAAACAGUACAGUUUUGAAAACAUAGCUUGUCCAAAAAAAGUGGUCUCUUGGCACAACUUACCCCAGGUAUGGGGUAAGUUGAGCCGCGGGACAGGGUGUUAAGCUGCUUACAAAUGUCUUUAUUGAAUUAAAUACUACCACUACCGUUUUAAAACCAUGUUGAUGUUUAUUUCCCAAACAUAAACACAAUCACCAUAGCUUUUUUUGUCUUGUAAUCGUUUUAAGCAUCUUUUAACACAGGCUUAACACCUAACAAAUACUUUAACAUAGGCCAGGUCCUGUUGUUACCUCAUAUCCCAGCAAUAAUGCCUUGCAUUACACCUGGCAAGAAAACACUUACAUUUUCUCAAUUUGACAUUGGAUCAACCAUUGGCUCAACUUACCCCAAGGCAAACAUUUUGACUAUUAGCCCACACAGCUACAAGGAUGCACUUUCAUGCUAGGUUUAGGACAUCAUAUUGAAGCUUAUAGAGACCCCAACGGAUGUAUAGGACCAUCUUUAAAUUAUCUACUUUGGUUUAGAGACAAGCAUCAUGAAACCUGUAACACAAUCAAUUCCUUUGACUUCAUGAACAUAUGUUUUUUGGCUCUAGCUUGCUUACCACUUUUUCCAUGUGGUUUCUUCCAUGACAGACUCCAUGAAAUGAAAGCCUCUUCCUAAAUAUUUGGUCAAAUUAUAAAUUUGUGUAUGGUUUGCUAGAAACCCCUGUGGCUCAAUUUACGCCACUCUCCCCUAGCUGUUAACCUCCUGACAUCAAUUUAUGGAUUCUUGGUCAAAAUACUUCAUAACAGGAUUGGGGUUGGAGGUGACAGAUAGAAAGCGUCACCUUCUCCUGCUCCCUUCAAUAAUUUAUCUCACUGCUAGGAACAUGCGUACAGGUCCCAUAGAGCAGGGUUUCCCAAACUCGGUCCUGGGGCCCCCCCUGGGUGCACGUUUUAGUUUUUGCCCUAGCACUACACAGCUGAUUCAAAUAAUCAAAGCUUGAUAAUGAGUUGGUUAUUUGAAUCAGCGGUGUAGUGCUAGGACAAAAACCAAACGUGCACCCAGUAGGAGCCACCAGGACCGAGUUUGGGAAACCCUGCCAUAGAGAACAAGGACAUGACUGGCAACCCGUCAGAGGAAAGCAGAAGCAAUGACACAUUCUACUCUCUGAGCACAGGCAAUAACCAAUCAAUUGUCUGGAAUAAAACGAUAUGCCUAAUAUGCUGUCCAUCGUAUCAUUUCAGGGACAGUCAAGAAGACAUACUGUAUGUGUAGCUGUGUCUUUCUGUCCCAUUGGCCACUUUGUUAUGAAUAUAAAUACUUUGAAAAGUUCACAUACAAGUACGACACAUUUGUGGAACUUUCUAAUACUAUACGCUUUUCAAAAUCCAGACGUCUCAUGGACAGCUAUUCACUAUUCAUGCAUUCAAACAGGAAUCUCCUUCAGUAAAUACUAAAGUUAACACAGGCAUGAGCUUCUUUAGAUAGAUAGGUCUAGAGUGCACAACUACUUCCUCAUUCACAUUAGGGAAAAUAACUUGGCGUUGUUGUUCAUGUGGGGGGAAAUACUGGUUUCAAAAGCCUAACUUGUAGGGAUACAGGACUAAUACCCUUAAAGGUGCAAUAUGCAGAAAUCACUUCGUCAUUUCCUGGUUGCUAAAAUUAUAAUAGGUCGCCUAAUUUCAGUUUAUGUGACAAAACAAGCAAUGCAUAGUGUAGAGAAUCAUUGUACCGUCUAAACCGCUGUGAAAUAUAUUUUCAAUAACCCAAAAUAUUGUAUUUUCAGCUGUUUGAAGCUGGUAUACAAAACCGAAAGUAGAAAUGAAACAUAAGAACGGGAAGCGCAGAAAUAGUGCACAUAGAACAUAUCUACUGCUUCUUAGACUUGCUUUCAAUGAGAAUUACAUAUCUAUAACUCACAUUUCUAUGUGAAUUUGGUCAGGUAGACCAAAAAGUUACAAAUUGCAGUUUUAAUUCAAUACUGUAUGUACAUUUAAAACAUGAACUAUGGACAUUUACACAUUGUGACAACCUCACAGAAAAGAGAAGGAUGACUAUGUACAAUAAUAAUGUGCAACUCAUGUAUUUGAUCGGAUGAAAUAGCUUUCUCUUCAUUUAUAUUUCAUAAACCCUGGGUUAGUUAAGUUUGACUCUUGGGGGGUGAAAACUAUUUGUUUUGCGGAUGGUUAAACCACGUUAAAAUCAGACUUCAAAAUAACUAAUUUGAAAGUUGAGGUAGCUAGUAACACAAACAUAUUUAUUGAAGGAAAAAUAACAAUGAUUGAAAUUCAUGAUUUUGUCACACAAAUAAAAAAAGUUAAGCUCACCUUGAAAAUCCACCCCUAUAAUAUACUUCAGAGUAAGGUUAUACUUAAAAGAGAAUGAAGAAUCCUCCCAAAAAUUACAAAAAGAAAACCAGUAAAAAUGUGUCUCCAUCAAAGUUGAAUAUAAUAUUUUUACUACCAAAGUAGCCUAGACAUUUCGGUCAAUAUGUUGCAGAAUGUUAGCAAUAUUAUUUUUACAGUAUGAAUAACAGGGUUGGGGUCAAUUCCACUUCAAUUCCAGUCAAUUCAGGAAGUACACUGAAAUUCAAACUCAAAUUCCAAUUCUCUUCAAUGCUUUUCAAUGAGGAAAAUGUGGAAUUGGAAUUUGGUUUACUUUCUAAAUUGACUGGAAUUGAAAUGGAAUUGCCCCCAACCCUGAUGUAUAAUAUCAAUAAAAUACAUCAUAAAUACAUCUUAUAAAUUAUAUUAUUCAAGAUAAAAAAACUUUUUUAGUACAGUAACAAUCAGGAUUUCACAGACUGAACAGAAACCGCAGGGCACUGCAUGAAACCAUAAAGCUCAGCAAUGAUUAUGGCAUCAUUAACACCUCAAUUCUGCCUCCUACUGACAUGAGGCCACAUCCAGUAAAUAUCCUACAUAGUUCCAUAUUCUCACCAUACAGUAACACUUUUAGCAGUUUCUCUAGGACCAGUGGUUCAAGUACCAAAACUCUGCACAAUAAAGUGUGAGGAGUUAUGAGAUCUUGGAGUAAAAAAUCACACCAAGAUCUCAUCUUCCUACUCCCCUACCAUCUUAUUCCCUCAUGCCUCCCCACCCCUUAUAAGACAAUGAUAUGAUAAGUGCUUUCUGAAUAAUGUGAGUUAUUGUAAGGCUUGUGAACAGAAGAUCCCAUGAAAUAUUGGACAAAUAUCUCAUCCCUUUUAUUAUGUCGUAAUCUUAUGGCUGCUCAUAGUGACAGAGUUCCUCUAUGAACAGUCUUCUAAAGUAAAUAUGUUAAGUGUUGUUGACUACUGGCACAAAUCUUCUUCUUGUAUUGAAAUGCUGCGCAGCUGAGUUUGAAAAUGCGUUGAAGCAAUAAAAUGCAGGGCAUAGCAAGCUCUUUCCCUUCUACCUCCAUUAAACAUCUUGUUAAAAAAAAUAACUCACUCAAUCUCCCCAGCGGGCAAAGCUGGUUGAAAUGGCAUCAUUACAACCAGAUUAUAACCAGUAACCAGUUUUGCCCGCUGGAUCCACUAUCUCUCCCUUCAGACUCUUAUAGCAAAACAAGGUCCAGAGUCCUAUAGGUGAAAAACUAAAAACACUGGGGUAACCAUCCCCUGAAAGAUCACAACAUCAUAAACAGCAUAUCAAAUCCUCUUAAAUAAAUAAAUACUAGUUCCUAUGGAGUAAGGGCGGGGACAGGGGCGUAGACCAGGGAAUUAAUGGUUGGUCGUGCGGUGCAGAGUUGCACACAAGAUUGAGCUUAGUUUGCUAGGCCCCUGUCCCAUCCCCAUCCCCCUUUCAUUCUCUCCUCCUCCAUUGGGGAUAGAUAGGCUACAUAAGUGGCGUGUUGGGGUAGUUCCUGUAGCUGGGUGUAACAAUACCAAAGCUGCCUGCUGCCCUCCUUCUGUCACACGAUGCUGUCCUGAAGCAGGGGCUCAAAGUCCUCGUCGCUGGUCGGCACUUGCGUGUCCUCGUCGCUGCCCGGUAACAGGGUGUUGAUGUGCACACCGGCUAGCAUGGAGGUUUCCUUGGUGUCGGCACAGGUCACAACUGGAGGCUCAGUGUGUUCAGGGAUAA